CUGCUGAUUUAAACAAACAGCCAGGGCCAGGGUCCCCGCCCCAGUUCUAGUGAAGUGGGCGGAAGAAGGAUGGAGAAGUACCUGGCAGAGCCUGAGAAGAGCGACCUGAAAGCUAGUUCCUGGGGGGCUGUGCAGAAGCCGCUAAGGGAGCUGUUGGUACAGGAAGCUGCUCCCAGGACCUAGAAGCUGGGCCCUGUCAGCAAACCUGAGGACUGGGACUUUACCGAGCAGAUGUGACUCCCCACCCUGGCUGGGCAGUUCGAGCCAUGGCUGACACCAUCUUUGGCAGUGGGAGUGACCAGUGGGUUUGCCCCAAUGACCGGCAGCUUGCCCUACGAGCAAAGCUACAGACAGGCUGGUCUGUGCACACCUAUCAGACAGAGAAGCAGAGGAAGAGUCAGUGCCUCAGCCCAGCCGAGGUAGAGGCCAUCCUGCAGGUCAUCCAGAGGGCCGAGCGGCUGGACAUCAUGGAGCAGCAAAGGAUCGGGCGGCUGGUAGAGCGACUGGAGACCAUGAGGCGCAACGUGAUGGGGAAUGGCCUCUCCCAGUGUCUACUCUGUGGGGAGGCGCUGGGCUUCUUGGGCAGCUCGUCAGUGUUCUGCAAAGACUGCAGGAAGAAAGUCUGCACCAAAUGUGGAAUCGAGGCCUCCCCUGGCCAGAAGCGGCCCCUGUGGCUGUGUAAGAUCUGCAGUGAGCAGAGAGAGGUCUGGAAGAGGUCAGGAGCCUGGUUCUACAAAGGGCUCCCCAAGUACAUCUUGCCACUGAAGACCCCUGGCCGGGCUGAUGACCCACACCUCCGACCUUUGCCGGUGGAGCCAGCCGAGCAGGAGCCCAGAAGCACUGAGACCAUUCGUGUCUACACAUGGGCCCGAGGGAGAGUGGUUUCCAGUGACAGUGACAGCGACUCAGAUCUCAGCUCCUCCAGCCUGGAGGUCUUGCCCACUGGUGCCAGGGACCUGAAAGGCGACAAACCCUGCAGUGAAUCAGGUGGCAACAUGGAGUCCCCCAAGAUGGGGCUCACCCGCCCACCCAGCCACCUCUCAGGAAGCCAGAGCAGCCUGGCCAGCGAGACAGGGACAGGAACAGGCCCUGCAGACCCCCAGGGGGGCACCCUCCUCCGGCGGGACUCCAAGGGUACUGGCAAAAGGCACACCUGGGCAAGUCCCCGCUGACAUGGUCUCCAGAUGUCCCCUCUGCCUGAUCUGGGUAGAGACCUGUUUGGUGCAUCUAGCAGGCUUUCCAGUGGAGGAGUUUGAGAGAGAGAGAGAAAGCAAGCUGGAACCAGGCCCUUCCCAGCUCCUUCCUGACCGGACCUGGCCAGCCCUGUGGACGUGACCUCUGACUCAACAAACCAGUGUUUGGGGGGCUGAGCCAGCAUCCCCCCACCGGUGCCUUUCUACACCCCUUCUUUCCUGGGAUCCCUGUCCCCCUCCCCCAGCCGUUUCAUUCAACCAUCACCUUUAUUUAUUGUUCCCCCUCCAUCCCCACCCUCUGUCUACCACAUUUCUAGUGUAAGUUUGCGUGUUUUAUAGGAUAGCCUGGAAGGGCCUUCAGAUUUUUCUUGUGGGGCCUUCCCACGUGCACUGUGACCUCAGAGGGCACCAAGCAAGACUUUCUCCACAUUUGUAUUAAUGGAUGCAGAAAUGUGCCCCUGAGCCGUGCCCUUCAGAGCUGACCUUGGCCCCUUGAUCUGAGCAGUGACGUCCUCCCUCUACUGUCUCGUUAGGUUUCUUCGGUCCCGGGACUUGCUCAGCCUACCCUCUCCUCCCCUUGUGUAGCUGGGAAGGGUUCGGAUGAAUACUGUGAGCACUCGUGCAAGAGCAGCCUGCAGCUGAGUCCUGUGGGCACGGGGCUCCCCUCGGCCGUUAAUUCACUUCUCUUCAGUAGGUUUGGUUGGGCAUGAAAAACACUUUAUUCAAAGUACGGGCCAAUGGUUCUGGGGAAACCCUUCCCUGAAGAGAGAGAACAUGCGUGUUGGUGUCCACAUCCUCCCUGCCCCCGCUGCACACUCACCAGACCCCAUGCCCGAAGGGCUUGCCUCUCUACACGCUCUCAGGCCUGCACCAUUAACUCUUUUGCCCUUGCUCCUGGCAGACAUAAAAAAACUCAAUGUUUCCCUGUGAGAGGUUAUGCUUCAAAAUAAAAACAAUAAAGAUUAGAAUUUGCAUUGAGCCAGUGAGUUGAUCAAAAGACCAAAAUCACUUACAUUUCUGUGCUGCAUUAAUAAGAAACAGAUGGAAAAAACGUGGCACAUUAAUAUGCUGGAAUACUUCCUGAGCCACUGUAAAAGGAAUGAGCCACAUCUAUGUGUGUUGAAAUUGCUCACCAACCUAACGUUGAGCAAAAAAUAAAAAAAGAGGCCAUUUAUGUUUAAAGAGAGAUUCAAGCAUACAUGCAAGUAAUCACACUGAGUUUUUACAAAUUCAUAUGUACAUAUGUAAAA